CACUCUGUACCACAAUCCCAACCUAAUCACCCUCCCUUGACUGUCCCCACCAUAGGCAGGAACUGCUGCUGACUGAAACUGAAGUUGUUUUGUUUCAAUAAGCAUGCUGCUAUUUUCUAAGGUGUGACUCAGAGCCUUUCAGUUAGGUGUCAGCAAUUGCUAUUUGCUAGAAAUAAAAUCAAUAUUAACCAAUUCUGCCUUUUUUUUUUUUUUUUUAAGUAGGUUUUUGUCUUUUCCUGCUCCAGAUCAUGAGCGAGGUGCACACAGAGCAGAGCUCAGCGAGGCUGGUCCUGGCUGUGUACGAGUGCCUGCUCCUUGCAUCAAGGGCUUCACGGAGGGGUUGGGCACUAACAAGCACCAUACUGGUGGUAAAAAAGGAAAGGCAAACCGUGGGCACUAAGCAGCCUGACAGGCUGGCAGGCCUGCUCAGUGCUCAGCCUCUCGUGCCUGUAUCAGCCAUGGGAAUUAUUGUUGUUGUUGUUAUUAUUAUCAUUAUUUUGCAGAGCUCAUCUUUACUCUUCUUCUGUCUGGGUCAACAAAGAUUGAGCUGCAUCAAUGUUUACCCCUAGGAAGGCACAGCAGUGCUCUUUUAUGAUAUAUGAAAUUGCAGUAAUAAGCAUAAAGAGUAAUACUCAGCAUCUGACAGGAUGACUGAUGUAAGCUAUCAGCCAAUAUUUGACUUUCCAGCCUUGUGCAGGUUGGAGGCUACUUCAAGUUGAAGAUCCAGCUGAGUUUUAAAAUCCUGAGUGCUACUGUGAAUUUCAUUAGAGAAGGGCACAGAAAAGUUGCUGUAACUUGCAAGGAUGGCUGAAAUGCGAAACUUCACUUGGGCAGUGGAAAAUAUUUUCAAGGAAACCUUUCUCACUUACAUGAAUGGCUGGAGGAAAAACAUGACAGAAACGGCAGAUAAACUGCAAGCCAAGGUUGAUGCUGAAAACUUUGACUAUGUUAUCCUUUAUUUGAUGGUGAUGAUUGGGAUGUUCUCCUUCAUUAUCGUGGCAAUCUUGGUGAGUACUGUGAAAUCAAAGAGACGAGAGCACUCCAAUGACCCCUAUCAUCAGUACAUCGUUGAGGACUGGGGAGAGAAGUACAAAAGCCAAAUUCUGAAUCGAGAAGACCUCAAGUGUGUGAUCCAUGAAAACCUGGGUGCAAGGGACAAAAUAAGCCCCGGAUCACCUUGACUUUUUGGAAGCAUCAGCAAUGAGGAAUAAUAUAGCUACAUGCAGGAAACUCACUGGAAUUACAAAUAUCUGUGAAACUGUUCAUUAAAUUAACAGACAGGUCAAUGUGGAACAGAGUGCUGAGGAAAUCAACAUUACUGUUUCCCACGAGGACCUUGGCACAGCUGUUCGGGAAACACCCAGGAAAAAUGCAUGAUUCUGCUUUGCUUUGAUAUUCUGUUCUUCAGGAAAAUAAAACCAAGAGAAUGAAUAA